GGGGGGUGCUCGUACAGCAGCGAUUCCAAAAAGAGCAAAAUUAUACGGGCAGUAGUUUUCUUUUUUGAAACGAAGGAUGGGUUAAUGAACAAUAAUAUCUCAGUUCUAUGCGUCUCUUGGCGCGAAGCGAUCGUCAAUUUUUUUAGCGGGGUGAAGUGGCAUUGGUUCAUAUUUACAUUCGGCAAGCUAUGAAUUAUACGACGUGAAGAAGAAGCCAUCCGAGGGUAGGUGCGAGAUCAUGUGAAAUUUGGGUUCUAAUCCUCGGCUAUUGAAUAUUUCACGCUCUCACCUCUACUCAAGCAGUUUGGGCAGUUCAAUGGAUAGAAUGAGCAGCAAUUCCUCAAAGGUGUCCCUCGAUUCUGCGGAGAAGAGGGACGGGAAUGGCAAGGACUCUUCUUCACACUCAUUCACUCCGCCACUUAGACGCCCUCUCGUAUGGAUUGACUUGGAAAUGACAGGUUUGGAUGUUGAAAAGGACAGAAUUUUGGAGAUUGCUUGUAUCAUUACUGAUGGAAAACUUUUUGAAAUGGUCGAGGGUCCAGAUCUAAUAAUAUAUCAACCUGAGGAAUAUUUGGCAAAUAUGGGUGAAUGGUGUCAGGAGCACCAUAAUGCAAGUGGACUUGUUGAAGAGGUCCGAAAAAGCAAAGUGACAGAAAAUGAAGCUGAGCAACAGGUUUUGGAAUUUGUUAAGAAGCACACAGGUCCUGUUCAGCCUCUUCUUGCUGGCAAUUCAGUCUAUAUGGAUUUCAUGUUCCUUAGGAAGUACAUGCCACUCUUGGCUGAUGCAUUUUCACAUGUGCUUGUUGAUGUUAGUAGUAUCAAGGCAUUAUGCUGUCGCUGGUAUCCAAAAGAUGCAGAAAGAGCUCCUGCUAAGAAGAAAUCACAUCGGGCCCGUGAAGAUAUCAAAGAAAGCAUAACUGAGCUCAAGUAUUUGAAGCAAACCAUUUUCAAGGCCUCGAAAAGAUGACUGAAACCAAAAUUCAUUUGGUAGUGAUAGAUCGGAAUAUCUUGCUAUGCCAAAAGUAGGCAUUAUGCCAUUCCUUGUGAUCUGUACUACUGGUUGACUUGUUAUUGGUGAAUGAGGGGUAUUAAGGUUUCUUAUAAUUAUUUCUGAUUAAAACCUGAUGUAACUCAGUUCUCAACAACAAUUGGUAUGUGCAUCGUGCCAUUUAAAAAGAAGUGACUUGGAUUGGGAUACAAAUAUUCUUUUUAACGGUACACAUCUAUUGAACUUAUGAUGAAUAGAUGAUUUAGUAACAUAGACCAGAAGCCUCAGUGGACAUUCAAAGUCAUCAACAGCAAUUUAUGUUCUAGCGUAUUUCCAUUUGUCUAUUAUAGUCUCCUUGGCGAUGAUAACAUUGCUUCUUGAAACAUGAUUCAUGUUAACGAUUAAUAGAGGUA